AUGUCUGCCACUUACAUCGAAAUCAAAAAGUUCAUAGAUGACCAGAUCAAGAUCCUAAAUACACCGCUUCGAUUGGACGAUGAAAUGCGCUCGAUUGCGGCGCGGCAUAAUCUCAGUGAGGAGAAAGUCUCUAGUCUAUUGUUCAAGUGCAACCUUCGCCUCAAGAGACAUUAUCGAAGCGCCUUUAACAAGCAGGUGGUGCACCAAAUCGUGCAGCAGAUCGUGAAAAGCGAAAACGAGAAGCUUCUUGAAGUCAAUGAGCGUUUGUCUCGGAUCCAGAGCUUGGUUCAGCCCAUUAUCCUUCCAGAUUUCCAGAAAGUGGGAAGUGUCAAGGAUAGAGUUCGUUUGGCCAACGAGUUGGCUCAUGAACUACCUGAACCAGCAUACUUGUUUGCAAUCUAUGACUCUGCAGCCGCAAAUGAUUCCAGGACCCCGGAGACUGAAAACCUCCGAACAGAAUCUGGUUUAGUACGAGAUAAUGAAGAGAUGGUGGGUGAAACUCCAGGCUCAGAAAUUCCAGCUGCAAGUGAGGAAAGUACAAACGAAGCUUCAAGGCAAAACGAUGCUGGUGAAAAUGUUGAAUUCACAGAGACACACCAAGCGGUGUUGAACGAGAUCAGUAAUAACGCGAUGACCCAAGACUUGAAAGAAAAAUACACUCGUCUCCGAGCUGAAUUGCUCCAGAUCAACGGCGAGCUCAUGUACAAGUUGCAAAAGACAGACUAUCUUGAGAAACUCGAGCGAAAAAUGAACUUUUUGGGCCCAACCAAAGCGGAAGAAUAUCUUGACAGCGACGUGGAGGAAACAGAAACCAUUUCAGAGGAAAAGGGCGAGUUACUGGCCCAGAUCUCUCGGUUUAACAUACUAGUCGAGAAAUUGGAGUUUGUGAUGGGCUAA